CCGCUCCCUCUCGGACUCAAACCAGUUGGCGCUGCGUAACCUGCUUCUCGCGCCCUUCGCUUCCUUGGGCUCGCGUCGCUCUUGGCCCGCCACCGCUAGCCUACAACCAGCGCCUCGCUCCGCCCCUCCCCAGACUCAAAACAAGCCUCUAGGCCGCGCCUCUCCCAUUCCUCGCGCGCGCUCCCCACCCCAGCGGCGACCUGAAGCUGCUCUCCUCCCACCUACACGUCCUAGGGGCGGCGCCGCGGGGCGGAGCUGUUGCCGCUGUCAUGGCGUCCUGGGCUCUGCUGGCGAAGGAACUGCCUCUGCGGAGCCAGUAGAGAGCUAGGCAGGCGGGCAGGCGGCGGGCCGGCCAUGGAGAGCUUGGCGCAGCCCCCGCCGCCCCCGGGCGCGCUGAAGCGGGGCGGCGGGGGCGCUGCGGGCCGAAUCAUCCUGGAGGGGUCAGUGGAGGAAGAGGCGGCGGCUAACGGGGGUAGUGGCAGGGAUGGACCCGUCACUGCUGAGGAGGGCGGCGGACAGUGGGGACCUUCCCCUCUGCUUCUUCCCCCGCCUGCUGCGGGCCCCGGGAGGGACUCUCCAUCCGCGCUGGGGUCUCCCGUGUCUGCCACUGAGAACCGCCGGUCCGCUGCGGACUGCGCGGAGCUAGCAGUGACUGAGAGCCCUGAGGCGGCUCCUGCCUUGGAGAGCGGCCCCGGGGAGGCCGGCAGCAGCGGCGACCCCAGCCCCCCAGAGGAGGAGUCGCGGAGCUUGGACUCCCUGGAGUCCUUCUCCAACCUGCACUCCUGCUGCCCGAGCAGCUCCGAGCUCAAUAGCGAUGCCGAGGAGGUGGCGGCGGCAGCGGAGGGCAAGGCCCCGAGCCCCGGAGGGGAUGGGCCCACGGCGGCGGCUCAGCUCUUGUCUGCCUCUAAGGAGCGCUUUCCCGGCCAGUCGGUCUAUCACAUCAAGUGGGUCCGCUGGAAGGAGGAGAACACCCCGAUCAUCACCCAGAACGAGAACGGGCCCUGCCCGCUGCUGGCCAUUAUGAACGUGCUGCUGCUGGCUUGGAAGGUCAAGCUGCCACCAAUGAUGGAAAUCAUAACUGCUGAACAGCUGAUGGAAUAUUUAGGAGACUAUAUUCUUGAUGCAAAACCAAAAGAGAUUUCUGAAAUUCAACGUCUAAAUUACGAGCAGAAUAUGAGUGAUGCAAUGGCUAUCCUACAUAAGCUACAGACAGGUCUGGAUGUGAACGUGAAGUUCACUGGUGUACGAGUUUUUGAAUACACACCUGAAUGCAUAGUGUUUGACCUUCUUGAUAUCCCUUUGUACCAUGGAUGGUUAGUGGAUCCUCAGAUUGCUGACAUUGUGAAGGCAGUUGGUAAUUGUAGUUACAAUCAAUUGGUGGAGAAGAUAAUCUGUUGUAAACAGUCGGACAACAGUGAGCUGGUUAGUGAAGGAUUUGUAGCUGAACAAUUUCUGAACAACACAGCCACUCAGUUGACAUACCAUGGGUUAUGUGAGCUGACUUCAGCAGUUCAGGAAGGAGAACUUUGUGUGUUCUUCAGGAACAACCAUUUUAGCACCAUGACCAAAUAUAAGGGUCAGCUUUAUCUACUGGUGACAGAUCAGGGUUUUCUUACAGAAGAGAAAGUUGUCUGGGAAAGUUUACAUAAUGUAGAUGGUGAUGGAAAUUUCUGUGACUCUGAAUUCCACCUUCGGCCUCCAUCAGACCCAGAAACUGUAUAUAGAGGGCAGCAGGAUCAAAUCGAUCAGGACUAUCUGAUGGCAUUGUCUUUACAACAAGAGCAGCAGAGCCAAGAUAUCGAUUGGGAGCAGAUCCCAGAAGGAAUCAGUGAUCUAGAGCUGGCAAAGAAGCUGCAGGAAGAGGAGGAUAGGCGGGCUUCUCAGUACUAUCAGGAACAAGAACAAGCAGUUGCAGCUGCUGCUCAGGUCCAGCAGGUGCAAGGAGCUGCUUCUCCAGCAAGUGGAAGACAAUCUGGAAGUAGUGAACGCAAACGAAAAGAACCUCGAGAGAAAGAGAGGGAGAAAGAGAAAGAAAAGAAUAGUUGUGUUAUUUUGUAACCGGGGAUGGAUUUUGCCUGGAGUCAAGUGCAUGUCCUCAAACAAAAACAAGGAAUAAAAUGAAGACAAACCCGUUACAUGCCGCCUGUGCCUGAUUACCCCAUGGAUUUAUUCACGUUUAAGGAGAGGAUGGGUGACUACUUUGUUACAAUCAUACAGACUUUCUUCAAAGUCAUACAGUGCGCUCUGUGUGAGAUGGAAUUCCAUUACAAUUGGAUGCGGCUGUGCUUUGAGUCAGUCAUGAGAAAUACUGCACCUUGUAGCUAAACACACAAAUCACGGCAAGUUUUGUCAUAGUGACAUGCGUUACUUAAAAUAUCAGUUAGUAAGCUAUUUCAUCUUCUGCUCUAAACAAAGAAAGGAGGUAAUUGGUUUUGUCAGAUUUCUUUACAUCAGCACAACAGAAUCCUGUAUUACUUUUCAUGGUCUGACAAUAUAACUUAGAUUGGGUAUUCAUGGCUUUAGAGCCCAAUGAGUGUCUGGGCACACUGCCUCCAUAACACACCCAGAUUCGUUUUGUUCAAGAGCUGGUAGUCCAUUCUUUAACCCAUAUUUGUGCUGGGUUAGUUCUACCACCAUGACCUUUGCCCCAUGCAUAAAUUAUUUGUUAACCAUUAUAUUGAAAAUUGGGUGUCAUGGAAAAAUGGGGUGUCUAUUGAUAAGCAAGAUAAAGAUUAAUUAUUGCUUUUCUUGCAGUUAAAAACUGGGUAUCACAACUCAGAUCUUAUCAGGGUCAGACACAAAUAAUUUAAUAGUUUUUUUUUUUUCUUUGUUUAGUAUCUUCCGUUAUAGGUAAACUGGACCACAGAAGUUAUUUAUUGAUCUCUCCAUGCAACACGUGAAUGGUGGUAGGAAACUGAAGUCUCUAAUAAUGCUUGUCCUGCGUAGGAAUGCAGAAUUAAAAUAACUAACUUAAUAUCUGCCUUCGUCCAGAAGUACCUUGAACCGUAACAUGACUUUAACAUGUCCACUUGUAUAUUUAAGCUAGUGUACUGUGUACAAAUACUUUUAAAAAUCAUGUAUCUGUAAAAAGCACACUUUUGCAGGGUGAGAGAAAGGUUAAGCUAGUCUCUCAAAUUGUUUGGAAAGGCACUCAGAUGUAGUAUCACUUUGUUUUUUAAAUCAUUAGUUUAGAGUUAUGGGAAACUUCUAUUUUCUAAUUUAUGGGAACCAAAUAAACAUGUUACAUCUUGUAGUAUUUAUAGGUUACAGGAACAAAAUACUUGUUGAAUUUUAUUAUGAGGGUACUACAAAUCCUCUUUCAUUUCAACAGGGAAAGCCAAUAACAACUACCUUGUUGCUGAUCCUUUUGAUAAAGUUUUUAUUUAGCAAUUUGUAGACACUUUUGUGAAAAAAGCUGCUUCUGCUGGAAAAAAAUAGUUCUGAUUCACAUUCUAAGGCUUGGUAAGUGCAUUAAUAUACGUGAGAAUAGAACAGUUUAAAGCAGCCAACUGGAGUAUGACAUUCAUAUAUUUUUGAAGUGUGGGUUGGGGGGAAUGUCCAUGGAACUCAAAAUUUAAAAAACCCUCUUGAUUUUUGAAUGAGUUCGGAGUUAAAGAAAUGCUAUAAAAUUGUUUCAAAUGGAAUUGCCUCCAUAGUUGGAACCAGUCAUUGCACAAAUCUGUUACAUAUUUAAAUAAACAAUUAGGCUGAUAAAGUAGGCAUAGUUUUGGUAAUAACUGAAGAGCCAGUCCAGUCCACGCUAUUUGUUUCUUCCUCAGCUUUUUUCCUUCUAUCCAUUUUGUUACAACUUCUUUUUUAUAAUACUGAAGUGAUGGAUGAUUGAAGGGGAUCUCUCUUUCAGACACAAAUUUUAGAUACAAUUUUUUUUUAUUUCUUGAUAAUUAUAUAGAAAAGUCAUUAAUACUUAUUCAAAUGUAUGCCAAUUAAAAUAACAUUUAUUCUAUGUCAAAUCAAACUAUUUACCUUAUUCCUUUCACUGAAGCAAUCAAUUUCUUCAGACAAACUUAUACGAAUAUAAACGAGGAACACAAAUGUGAUGGUUUGCUUUACGCAGAACAGAAAAUAUUGACGUAUUGUAUUGGAGGUACAAAAACUUUUAACGAUAUUUUUUUUUAAAAGCUGUCUGUUACUGAUGAAAUAUUUCCAAACUCAUAUUUACAUUUAAUACUUUUGAAAAAUAAAUGUCAAGUUAAACUUUUGUUACCUUAUUGUUUCCAAUGAUAAUACUGCCAUUUACAUUCACUUUUAAAACAAAUUAACUUAGAUUGUUGUUGCUACUAUCAAGUACAUCUUUUCAUAAAAUAAAGUAAAUCACUAAAAAUAAUUCAAUGUACUUGCUAGUAUCAGAAAAGUCUGUAUAAUAUUCCUACUUCAUGUCUUACUGACACCCCUGAAACAUAAUUUGAUAUACUUAUGGUAAUAUUGGUAUAUUCAAUUACAGUAGAAGAAAACAAAUUGUCAAUGUUUGUUGUAAAAAUCUCAGACUUUCCAGAGAAUUCAGUUUCUCCUUCAAUAAAGGAGUUAUCAAUUUCAGAAAUAUUGUGGCUUGAUAUUCAUAUUAUUCACACAAUGAUUCCUGUCAAUUUGCUCUUUCUUUAAGGGUCUGGACGGUUAAAGGUUUUAGUAAUAUUGAGGCUUUUACUCUUUUACUUGUAGGACAUUGGUGUGCAUCUAGCCCAACUUGGUAGUGACCGAAAUCAUAACUAUAUAAGCUGGUACCCAAUAUGAAAUGUGUGGUGGUCUUAAUUAAUUUCCUACAGGAUUGAUGUCUAUAUCAGCAAAACUCCCAUAACAGUUGGCAUCUGUUGAGCAUCUAAAGAAUCCAGAGAUUGAAUGGUCAUUGAGACUGAAGUACUCUCACCUGUAAUGGUGAUCCCUUUAAAUCAAUAUUGGGGAAUAUUUGUGGGGCACAAUAGGAAGAUUUAUACCCCUAACUCCGGUACUGUAUUCUGUUCUCCAGUGUUAUUACUCUUGCAACUUUCUACAGAACUAGGCUUAUUUUUUAAAUGCUUUGAAUGUUUGGGUAUUUUUACUCUAUUCUACCUGUUAAAAUACUUGUGUGGGGGUUUUUUGUACCAAGAUGUACUCUCUAGCCAUCUCCUCCUCAUACACAAAGAUGGAUAGAGAGCUGUCAAGGGAAAGUAUAUUGGGAGUUACAUGGAACCCAUUUCACUGCUAAAUAUAAUCCUCAUUAAUCCUAAUAUAGGCCUACUUACCUUUCUAGUAUAGACAUGCCCUGGGAUCAGCAACCCACACUUCCACAAGUGGGAUCAGCAACCCACACUUGUUUGAUAUUUGUCAAACUAUUUUGGCUUCUUAAUCUUGUACCGUGAUGGUUGCAACAUUUGUAUGGGAUUGCUUUUGGGUAUUCAGAUUUGUAUUUACAAAGUUAUUGGAAAAAUGACUCCCUUACUUAAUACAAGGCAAUUCAAAAUCAUUUGAUGUUAUUCAGCAUAAACACAAAAGUAAAAAGUGUACUCAAUACUCCUCUAAUUUAAACCCUACCUUUUUUCUUCUGUUGCUGCGUAUAUGAAAAGUGCAGGCAGCCAUUUGCGCAGUUCAGUUUUCUGCUGGUGAUGUCAAACCAAUCACUGGAGUUUGUAAAAGAUGUGGUCUAUGAUGUAGACAAUUUUAUGUAGUUUUCUAAUGGUUUUAUUUGUUUUAGAGCAUUCAACUUUUAAAAACUUGAGAAAGUGAAACCUUAAACAGCAGGCAGCCUGCAUGUUCCUUGGUGAUCUGAGCAGUGUGAUAUCUUCCACAGAUUGUAUAUUGGGGUAAAAGCAUCAAAUCAAGCAUUUAGUUUGAUUGUCCUGAGAUAGUGUAUUACUCCAGGCCAGCUAUGAGAAUAAGUUGUUUGCACCAAGAAAGGCUUGUGGCAUCAGUCUAGACUACAUAGCCAGUUAUGAUUUAUGGUACAAGGUGCUCAGUGGUGAUAGGCACUAAUAUAAGAAUCUUGAUAGACUCAAACCACCAGUAAGAGAAAAUAGGUAUGUUUUAAAGUAGAAAUUUGCAGAAUUUCCUUCCUUCCUUCCUUCUGUGUAUUUGGAACAUACAACAAUAUAGUAAUUCUUCCUCUUUUUUGGAAGUCCACCUUUUAAGAGAGCUUUGUCACAUUGAAUGACCUCCUUCUCCAUUUAUCCUAAAUCUGGCUGUAUAGUAGUCUACCUGCCACUUUCUGCAGUGUCAUAAGCACUUCUUGUUGCAUAGCUGGCCAGGAGAAAUACAGACUCCUUAGGGUCAAUUGUCAGCUGUUUCAAACUCAUGAUCUUGGUGGGGGAUGGUAUGUGCGGUUCCUGGUUGGUUGUUCAGGCCCCUGUCUAGCAGGCUUUUCUUACUUAUGCAGCUGGAAUGUUCCCCAGGAACAAUUCUCUCUCUCAGAUAUCUGGAGCACAGUGUGAGCUGGCCAGGUCCUCUCCUCCCCCAAGCAAUGCCUGACAUGCCCACUUGCAGGAAGGGAACUGAUUAUUGGCAUUACACCAGCUGUCUCAUUUAGGGCACCUUUUGUCCUCUCUUCCUCUCUUGUAGUGCACCUGGGUCAAGAAUGGGGCCCAUUCUGUAGGGCCUCUCAGCAGCUCCAUUGAAAUCUCAAGGAUUGAUUAAACUUAUGAACUUUAGCUCUGUCUUUAUCUGAAAAAUUGCCUCUGCAGAGCUUGCUGCAGUUUGGAAGUUCAUUGCUGUUUUGCAGCUGUCACUUUCCUAUUUUGUAGGCUUACUUGUGCAUAUGGAAAGUCUUCGUAUUUUAGAAUUAAUCUGUCUUGGAUGCCUGUGUAUUUCUAACUGAGAACUAUAACUGCAUGGUUGUCAUUUGAAGUGUCAGAGGCCCUAUACUGAUUUGUACAAGAAGCAAUAUUUUGAGGGCAUACGAAAGAGUUGUUUUGUGGGAAGUGUCAGAUGUCCGGCCUGGUAUCCCAUGAGGGAACAUUCUAGCAGCAUUUUCGAAACUCUAAAUAGGACCCUCAUAUGUUUUUAAAUUGGCAGCUUACAAAAUACUUUCUGGUGACUUUUUGCUGUAUGGAUUGAUUUUAUGCCCUUAUUUUCAUCCAAAAUUUUUUGUUGAUGUAGUUCACAUCUUCCUAAAUGGAGUGAGUAACCAUUAUCAGAAUUUUGCCCAAUUCCAUGGUUGCUACAUCUGUAUAGGAAACAGUGUUACACUGUAGUCCUGGCUAAUGUCUUUCACUGGGCCAAAAGAAAGUGAAAUAUGUAAAAUCUGCUUGAUUAACUAAUGGUUUCUCCACUCCUAAAUGCUAUGCUUAAGUCUUUGUAGUAGCAAGAAAAAAAGUCUUCAAGCUGGUAAAACUUGCUACAUUUUUUUUUCUUUUAAAUUAGAUCUUUCAUGGGCCUGUAUCUUUUAUCAUUUCCCUAAUAGUGACAUAACUGAAUUUUAGGCUCAAUUACAACUUUGACAAUUCUAGAUUCCAGCCUGAUUAAGCACAGAUAUCAUAAAAUUCAUAACUAUGGGAGACUUAACCAUCCUGCUGUGGUACUGUAGAGAAUUUGUUAAAUUGUAUGAAGUAAUCUUGUGGUUGUUUCAAACAGAUUUCUUUUAGCAUAAAAUCCAACAGUGGGAUUUUCAAAAUUGUAUUGGCCUAACCGUUCCCAUUGAAGCCCGUGAUAAAACUCUAAUUGACUUCUCAGAGUUAGGACAUUGGGAUGAGAUUUUCAAAUGUGCUCAGCACACAGUUUUAGUUUUGCUUUUUUAUAUUUUUUUUUAAAGUGACUACCUUUCAAAGAUUUUUUGUGUGUGAAAGAACUGAUUAGUAUUAAAUGUUUCUGUUCAAGUCUUCUAUCUUGGUAUAGCAAGGGCAUGGCUGGAACUGUCAAUAAAAGAAAUGCUGGACAGUAUCUAAAAGUGACUGAAAAUUGUGAAUUACAGCUAUAAGUUUUCUUUUAUUUCAGUAAAUAUGAAUCCCAACGCUGUGCCUCAAGCAUUGAGCUCUUUGUGCUUUCUGAGAACUCUGCUAUAGGAGAUAUUGAAACCGAGUUCUAAUUUGUAUCCAAUUAGUCUAAGUGUGUAGCUGGUCAUGAGUUAAUUUAACUUUUUCUUUCAACAGUUGCCUCUAAACUUCCUUGAGUGGUCCAGGAGUGCGGAUCUGUGCAUAUAACCUAGUUUUAUUCUACACUGGCCACUUUUCAGAUAUGAGUAACUUUAGCAUAUUCAUUUUCUUUAAAAAUAAAAAUGGCUAAAUACACAUUAGGGACUUAGAGACGCAUUUAAUUAUAGGGCAGACAAAGUAUCUGGUAUACGUUAACCUUUAUUCAUAAGCAUAAUAUUCGCUAAAAACAUUAAAAACAAUUUUAGAAAUAUUACUGAGCAGAGACCAAGGAUACUAGGCUUAUCAACUGUGAUACUUUAAAACACUGAACUAUAAUGUUAUGGAAAAACUGAAAGGUGUGAAAAUGUUACAACAAACAUCAUUAUGGUACCACUAGCAUGCACAACUUUAAUAUUUUUCCUUUCCAAAUCCAGGGGAAAAGGAGGAAGAUGUAAAAAUAGCUAUAGGGAAAAAAUAAUCUUAUCUUAUCCUUUGUCCCUUAACGUAGAAAAUGGGUGGGAUUUUUCAAUAGCAUCUAAGGGUUAAGCAACCAACUCCCAUUAAAAGUCAGUAAGAUUUGGGUGCCUGGCUCCUUUAGAUGCUCUUGAAAAAUCCCACCCUAUGUGGAUAAUGUACCUAAGAUAGAAGUUAGUUUUCUCUAAGGGACACCUUUGACCGUUUUGCUUCAUAGAGUAUUUCAGAAUGCAGAGCAUUUAAUUUUUUUAAUUUCGUAAUAUUGGAAGGUGUCAGAUUGACAGUACUCGUAGCUGAAAUCUUUUUGGGUUACAGAACAAGAACAGCAUGGGCAACAGCAAAUAAAUGCUUUUUACAAUUAGAUCUUCUUUUCCUCAUGUUCAAAACAAACUAGUAUCUAUUCAUUAUUACAGUGGGUUUAAGUAUUUUAUUUCAUUCUCUGGAUCUGGCUUUGGAAACAAUUGAUGUUUAUGCUUUCCAGUCUCUAUCAGGACUGACAUCUUUAAGACAUUGCCAAGUAGACUCUUUAGUCAAUGGGAAUAUUCAUGAAUGUAGCAGAUCAGGGUAUAUAUUUUUAUUCACCUUUCUUGUAAGGUACACAGAGGGGGAAAAAAAGGUGUCCAGCAUCUUAGAGGUAAACAGAAUAUAAAUCUGACUUUUUGCAAGUGUUUAAAAUAGACUUGUGGAAUUCCAGCAAAUUUUCCCUUCUGACUUACCCUGUAUUCUUUAGCAAACAAAGAUUGUUUCUAUAAUCUUUUUCAAUAACCUCUCCAAUAUUUUUUUCCCAUUCCACUUGCCCAUGUCUAUAAUGGGGCCAUGUUCUACCUACACUUCUUUCCUCUGGCCACUACCUUUUUUGGUUCAAGCUAUGGCUAUUAUUUCUAUGCAGAGGAUACCCAAAUAUGUAUUCUUCUUUGUUCUGGUUAUUUCCUCACUCGGUCUUCUACUGUAUCAAAUUCUUAUUCUGGUAAUUGGUAAGAAAAGUACCUUUAACUAAAAUUUCCCAUUUUGACUCACAUUCAUCCUGUCUGUCAUGAAUUCAGGUGUUUGACUUCAUUCACAAAUCUUUCCUCUUACCUAUACCAGAUUUAUUAUCUGAUUAUAACAACUCCAACUGUUCUGCUGUCCAAACACAAAGGAAGACACAGUCCCCUCCUUGACGAGUUUACAAUCAAAGGUUUACAACUCUUUAUAUGGUCAACUAAACUAUUAUUCGCCAAUUUUGUUCCCUCUCGAUUUUUAAACUACUAUAAUGAAGGUGGAGAUAGGGCAUUACUUUGGCACCUCAGUUUAUUUGUACUUGAUACAGUGGCUCAUCCUUCUACCCAUAUUCAGUAAUGGAACAGCUCCUUUCUCAGAAAUCUACAUUGGUUGAAUGUACAUUUCCAAAUGAAGUGUGUUAAUAAAUAUGUUUUCCAGCUCCUUUUUUUGGUCUCUGAUAUGGAAAUUGUUCUGCCAUCUUCCACCUCCACAGCUGCAGAUUACAUCUCAAGAUCUCUUGUAUUUCAGCCACCCUCGGAAGCCCAAAAGCGGUCUUUAAACAUACACACACAUUUUCCUUUUCUAAUGGAAAAACAUCCCUUGUGUCUCACUGUUUCUCAAUGCCAAGUCUUUUUCCUAAAUAAUAAUAAUAAUAAUAAUAAUAAUUAGUGGAGAUAUCCCAUCUCCCAGAACUGGAAGGGACCUUGAAAGGUCAUUGAGUCCAGCCCCCUGCCUUCACUAGCAGGACCAAGUACUGAUUUUGUCCCAAAUCCCCAAGUGGCCCCUCAAGGAUUGAACUCAAUAUAGCUAUUGUACCUCUGUUCAGCUCUACCCAAAUAAAUAUGGAGUCACCAUAUUUAUCAUGAAAUCUAUAUAGUUUAUAUUUCCAUGUAUGUAAUAAGCUGCGAUACUGUGGUAUUUUUGUAUGGUUCUUGUAAUAAUCUGAUUAUCAAAACUGCACUCAUUUCAGAUGGUGCUAUUGAUUAUGCUCAGGGUUAUAUUUUAUACCUUUAUUUAUAAGUCUCUGUUUUGGAAGACUGGGAGUGUCACAGUCCUGGUCAAACUCCCCCAGCUGGACACUCACUAAAGUCCUCUAUUUGGAUCCACACACUGGAUAUGAAUGCUUUUCAGCUCCUGUGGGCCUGGGUAGACUCAAUGGCACAGUCUCUCUUUGGCCUCUAGAUUUGCUUCCCAGCCCAUAAACGCUGUCUGGCAUCUGUUCUCAGAAGUCGGACCCGGUGUUGUAGCUGCCCUUGGCCAGUGCUGAACCCUCCUAAGACUCCCCAAUAGCUUUGGCACCUACCCUAGCGCUCCACUCUGGUUUAUGGUUAACCCCUUCUGGGACAUGUGAUAACUGAAGAAAAUACAGACUUUGCAGAGGGAUUUCUAAACCAAUCACUCAUUACUUUAGAUAGCACAAGAGACAAAUCCAUGUAAAAUAAACCACAUAUACACAAUUCCCUGCCUCAGUUUCCUCACCACUCUUGAGUGUUCUUUGGGACUCAGUGUCUUUUCAGACUUGCAGCUCUCCUCUCCUGAACUUCAUUCUUCCAAUACAGUCUUCUCUUCCUUUUCUGGUUGGUGAGAGAGCUACUCUGAGCAGACCUUCUCUUUCUGUAUCUUGCAUUCCCCUCUGUCAGGUGAGCUCCUUGGUCAGCCUCAGACCCCUAUCAGGUGAUCCAUUGCUUGGUUGUCAGCCUGCUUGGGAGAGCUGGGUUCUUUGGGUGGUAGCCAGCUCUUUGUCCAAGGGAGCUUCCAAUUAAAUGGAAGGUCAUCAGGGUUUAAUGACUCCCUCCCAUUGCUAGUCCUCUACCAGGGGCAAGAAUUUCUCUUGGGGUGUGUGUGUGUGUGUGUGUGUGUGUGUGUGUGUUUUAGCUCAACAUGUGGGCUACACAGCCAAAACAGUUUUACAAUCAAAGUGGUCUUCACAAAACAGAAUGAAGAUUGCAGCUUGAUACAGAUACAUGCAGACUUAUACUAAUCCAUCACAAGGGGGUAAUACUGAUUAGAAUUGAAAUAGUUAAAGGAGGAAAAAGAAUAGUGCACAAAAAUUGAUGUAUAAUCAUUUACCAACUCAUUAUUCAUCUGAAAUGUUUGUAAGCUGAGCUGUGUGGUGAGGCAUAAUUGUGUACAAAGAACAUUUAGACACUUGGAUGAAAUGUACUAUAAAAGUACUAUCUGCAGCAUUGUUCUUGUGAAACUCAAAAGAAUGCAUAGAAAAGGGCCACUGACAUUGAGGAAAAAAUUUCACAUUUGAAUGAAAAGUAGAUAAAAACAUGAAAGGUUUGACACAUACUGACAUUUGUUUUCUUCUAUUGUAAUACAUUUGUGCAGAAUAUAGCAGUAUGAACAUUUACAUCUUGUUUUUGACUAAUACUUUGCAGACAAGUAUUCUGCUUAAUUACUUGAGUUGAUAUUCGCUUUCAGAACUGUAACUAAUUGCUGUAUCCAUAACAAUCCACAGUAAUGUUCCCAACUCAAUGGAGAUUGUUGUAAAUCCACUGGAAACAUUUAAUGACUACACGGAGGAAUAGAAUGUAUAUACUAUACAAACUUGAAGCCUCGGGGCUUGUCUUCAUUACCGCGCUACAGCUGCGUCUGUCGACAGUUGAGCGCUCUCCUGUCAAUGUAAUUAUUCCACCGCAACAAGAGAUGGAAGCUAUGUUGGCGGGAGUGUGUCUCCCGCUGAUAUAACGUGGUGUAGACAGUGCUUAAGUUGCUGCAACUUACAUCGCUCCAGUGGGUGGCAUUUUCACACUCCUGAUCGGUGUAACUUACAUCAACUUAAGUGGUAGUGAAGACAAGUCCUCAGAAAUAUACUCGUGUGUGCUCUUCGCUAUCAUUCUCAUUUUGUGACCAGCAGAGGCUGGUGCAGGGCUAAGCGUCCAUUGGUUCCUGGACAAUACCACAAUCCACUAAAUAUAGAAUUCCAAUUCUUAAUGCCAUCUUUAAAGUGUUGUGUGACGUUAGACUGGAAAUGAGCAAGGAGUCUGGCAGUUUAUUGUACAUUGGAGUCACUCUUGCAAUUCAGUCAAAGGUUGCACAGCUAAUUGUUAACAUGUAUAUCAGUAUUAUGUAUUUAUAUAGUCCCCAGUAGUAAUCGAGAAUUUUGUAGUCAUGAAGAUUGGAAGAAGAAAAGCGAGACUCAGUAUAUACAAUUUAGAUUUAAUUACAACCUUAGGCUGGAUUUUCAAAUGAGCCCAAGGGAGCUGGGCACUAAAAUACCAUUAAUAUUCUUUGACAAUCCCAGUCAUAGUCUCUAGCUCACUCUCAUCAUGUUGAGGAAGGGAGAGGUUUAAAAAUGUAAACGAAUAUUAAGAUUUCCUUCCUUCCAAGUUUUAAAAGAUAAACCCCAACCUGCUUCCAUUAUUAAACUGUAAUUGGUUUGAUUUUAUAUUCAUUUUAUUAAAAAAAGAUUUGAUUUUAAAUCAAAAUGACUAUUUUAUAAUACAAAAUUUGUUUAGAAUACUGCCAGAGAAGUUUGAAAACACAGUUCUUGUCCUACCAAAUUUCCUUACAUUUUUGGCAACUUUUUCCUUCUGUUUCUAAUUAAACUUGAUUUUCUAUUGUUACUACUUUGGUGCCCAAGCAUCUAUUAUUCUCCUUAUUCAAGGAAUAAUAUUUUACAACUAGUACAGAGCAAUUAGAAGGGGCUCAAAAUCAUGUUGAGAUGUUUUACAUCAAACAUGUUUUUAGUUUUCAAAUUAAAUAGAUAUUUAUAGAAUAUUGUCUGCAAGGUCCUUUAGGUUCAAAUGUUUAAAGGUAGGUCACAUUUUUGGUGUAAACGCUUCAACAGUGUGCUUUUUAAUUAACUUAAAUCUUGAUAGGGUUAAAAAGGGACAAAAAUGACAAAAUAAUUAGAUAGGAAUUUUAUUUACUCCAGGAAAAGUGCUGUAGGAAAACCUGGUUUUGUAUUUGCAAAAGCUAGCUAGCACAUUCUGCUUAAAAAGCUCUGACCUCUUAAUGAGCAAUGUAAGUAGAUAUAAUGAACCAGUAAAAUUACUAUCCUGUUUAUUUUAAACUACACCAGAUUCAGCACUUUGAUAAUAGCUGCAGCGUUAUCAGAUGGAUAUUGUAUUUGUCAUACUUAAUUUACAGCACCAGAUUUUCCUUUCUGGCAUACUUAAGAGUUGGCCAUUGUGACGGCAGGCAAAAAUAACCAUUGAGACCCUGUCAGAAAUAAAUGAGUGGCUGCGUGUCUGAAAACUAGUUAUAUCGGAGGCAAUUUGAUUUUUGUUAUAGCAAAAGCGUCUUCGUGUAUGUCCAGAUGCAUUAAAAUAUUGUAAUAUUACUGAUGACUCUUGGAAUGUUUGACUGUUCUAAUUAUUACAAGACUGCACAUCAGUGAAAUGAGCUGGACUCACCCUUUGAUACAAUUUGUACUAUUUAAAGUAAAUAACACUUUUUUCAACAUUGUUGUAACAUGUUGCUAUUUUAUCAAACUACUGUUAUUGCCUUUUGCUUUUGCCUUUGUUAUAUUACCUGUAUAUGUUCUUAAUCACUGUAAGUUUUAACUUGUCAAAAUUUGGUAAGAUUAACAAAAGAAAUCAAUUCUCUUUCCUUCCCCUUUGCAUUAUAGCCCAACAGACUUCAGACAUCAAACCAAUGUGUGGUAUUAAUGGCAAAAUAACAAUGAACAUUAUCACACCCUCUUCCAUUUUCAAAAUUUCUUGUUAGCAAUUGAGGGCCAAUUCUUAAGCAAAAGGGUCAGCUUUUAAAAAAUACGUUCUUUUCUACCAGGGAUGACUGCAUUGCCUCCAGCUGUCCUACAAGUGAGUGCAGAACACCACCCCUAGUCCUUUGUAGUAGUUUGAUAUAAAUAAUGUUGUAAGGCUGACUUCCUACCUUUCAAUCACAGCAUCCCUCUGACCGAAAGACAGGAUAUAUCCGGAUUUUCAUAAUGAUUUUCUUUGGUUAAGCUUUCAACAUUGUCUUAAGUAUUACUUGCAGAAAUACGUAUCAUUUUUGUUUGUUUUACAAUUGCCUUUUGGUAACUUGUUUUAUAUAUGUGUAUGGACUCACGUUAACAAAGAGGCAUGCUCUAUACUACUGGGGAAUUUCAUACUACAAAAGUUGCUGCCAGUGCAGCAGCUGCUAAAGGUAAUAUGAUAGUUUGAAAUAUUUGUUCUUCUAUUUAUUAAUUACAUGGUUUUGAUACUGGGCACUGUGUUUUGCAAAAAUAAUAAAGUAACAUGGAGAAAACCAUUCAUAAGAUCCCUUCUUACGAAAAAGGUCGGUUCAAAGAAACAUUCUUGUUUAAAACUGAUUAUUUGUAAUGGAUUUAAGAUGUCUUUCCUUAGUAAAAUGUACAGCAAAAUGAAAAAAAAAAUCUUUUAACUGCUGAGCUACAUUGGUUCAAGGGCUUCAUUGCUUUAUGAAGUUUUAGCUGCCAGCUAAGGUAUUUGUCUUGAUGCACGUAAUAUUAACAAAUCACAAUAUAAACAUGUUUUUACAAUUUCAUAUUACUUAUUGCAGAUCUUACCUCUGGAAAAAAAAUUGUAAUAUUGAAAACUAUACUCAAAAGCAGCAUAAUUUAAUUAAAAUUCAGUGAUGUCAAGAGUCAGAUACACUAAAAUCCUGUUUUACAAAGAUUAAUAUGAAAGAGAAGGGUUUCAGUCAGUUACUUGGGUAUCUAAUAUUGCAUUACAUCUCAGUUUUUGCAAACUGGAUCUGUUUUGCAUUUUAAGAGUCUUAGUGAUUAAUUUAUAUUGUUUUCUAAAGCAUUAAUUAUAUAUGUUUUACUUAAUCUUUUAAAAGAGAAUAAUUUAAGAAACCAAUAAAUUCCCUGGUAAGGUUUAGAAUCUGAGAUUUUAAAUUUUCAGAGAAGACUAAUUUUGUAUGAACUAGUUAGAUGAAAAUUAGCUUUUUAAAAUUUCUGUACUACUAAAAGGAAAAAAGUAUUAACACAUGAACAUUUUGAAGAAUCACUGGUAAGUAGAACUCUUUACACUUUAAAGUACUUAGCCUGCCACAACUUAUGUAUGAGACACAAGAUGGGUGAGGUCUUAUCUUUUAUUGGACCAACUUCUGUUGGUGAGAGAGAGAAGCAACAGAAGUUGGUCCAAUAAAAGAUAUUACUUAACCCACCCUGUCUUUGUAAUAUGCUGGGACCGACAUGGCUACAACACUGCAUACAACUUAUGUAUGUGAACAGUCCUCUAGAACUUAAUGUGCAUAAAUUGAACUGAGGCCUAACUGGCAAACUGUUUAAUGUAAGUUUCAUUUUGGUAAUUAAAUUGUUUCCUAAUUACUGUGUGUGAAGGACCAUUUACUAAUUAUUGGCCAAAUCUUGGUCAGCUUAAUCAUGAGAGUGAUUUCAGUUAAGUCAGUGUGACUAUUUGUGUAUAAAAAGAGCAGAAUUAGUCCCAAUGUCAUCUUCUUCUCUAAUUUACAGUAGGUUUUUUGUAUUUUUCAGUUUUUCUAAACCAUUUGCAGGAGAAUAUAGAACAGUUUGUGGGGAAUGAAGUUUGAGUAACUAUUCAAUAAUUGCUGUAUUUAGCCUUACCAUAUUGAAUCUACACUAUCUUUCAGAUAUGGAAACAGGAUGAGUGACACUAAGUUUUAGUCUACAGAUAUGUAAAAUAUUUUUAGCCAUUGCUACAGCUGAAAGAAAUACAGCAAAAUUACAAUAAUCGCACACACAAGUGUUGAUUAGACUUGACAUGUUAGUCAGUAGAAUAGUGGAAAGCCCCUUCUUCCCUAGGUUACAUACCUUUUCCAGCAUAGUUGUAUUAAUAGUGUAGACACAAUGAAAGCUUUUCAUAAGUGUUAUCACAGUUCACAAUGUUAGGACAUGCAUUUGUGACUGUUGCCCUUGCAAUGUAGCAUAUUAGCAAUAUACUGAUAACGAGAUUUUUAUUCCAGUCCUCUAUAUGCCUUUGUUCAAACUAAACUCAUUGUCAUAACUGAGUUGUGCUUAUAACUUCAUAAACAGAUGAUAAAUUAUUCCUGUACAGCUGUUAGAAUUUUAUAUAUAAAAUAAGAUUAAAUACUUUUGAAUGAUUGCGGAUUUUAGCUCUUGAUAACCUGUUUCAUCAUACAACUUUGGUACAUACAAAUGUUGCAACAAUUGAAAACAAUUAUUUGGUGGCAGUUAGUCCUGCAACUUUCAUUUGUAUUUAUUUUUUUGUUUGAGGUAUAAAAGUGUGUUUUUAAAGCCCAUUUAAUCUGUACAAUAUUAAAUUCUAGAGAAUAACUUGAUAAAUUGCUUAAUAUGUGUUUUAAUCAGCCACAGAUGUUUCAGGAUGACUACAUACAGAUCCUUUUGGUAUUCUGUAUUACAUGAAGUCUCACACCCUGAUCCUUCAGAUUUAUGCUCAUAUGUAAAAGUCUGCAGCAUUGGUGCCUAAGUGAGCUGGUUCUCUGUACUGAACCCAAAGGUCUGAUUUAUAAAUGAGCUUGGCGGAUUGGGGUUCAUUUGAGUUUCAUUGUGACAUUAGCCUUUCAAAGGCCAUUUUCAUCCUUAUGACUAGAUAAAUGCAACAAAAGGUUAGUGUAGUUAAAACCCUGAUUUUAUCUUUAAAAAAAACUGUUAAAGGUGUAAUUUCAACCCACAAUAGAAUCAUAAUUAAAAUAGCUUUGGUCUUUAAAUUCACCCCACUGUGCCUAGAUAUUAUGGCACCUCUGCUCAUUGGCUAUUUGUGCAAUGUUGUACUUAGUCAAAAUUGCAAUAAGUUGACAGUCUCAGGCUUAGCUUUUGUGCCUUUCUUUAACUUAAGAAAGUUUUCAAAUCAAAAAGCCAAACAUUGCUCUGAUUGAACUGUUGUAUGCAGUGUCAGCCUGAGAAAUGGAGUCACAAUCCAAUUAUAAAUAAUAAACUUUAUAAAUAAAAUGCUGAUAGACCCUCAAAUAUAAAACUUAAGACAGUUUUCAUUAGGAGGGGAGAAAACCAUAAAUGUCCUUUUAGUGGUCACUACUAAAGCAACGCUGACUUUGUAAAAUUUUGAAUUAAACGUUACAUUGGUGGUUCUAAAAUUCUGUACCACCAGGCGUCCAAAGGCUUGCUGAUGGUCCCUGGAGAACUUUAGUUGAAUGAUGCUAGGUCCUCAUUUGCAGCUACUAAAUAACAUUUUAAAAAAACCCUAAAAAUACUUUCCUAAUAUUACAUUUCCAAGUAAGCAAUUGUAGUGUUUCCAUGGGGAUUGUUAUUUGAUCAUAAAUGGGAAGGGAGAUGGUCUACAAUAUAUUAAGAUGUGAUCCACGGUAUAGGAUUUUAGAAUCCCUUUCUUAAACAAUGUUACCUCAUUUGCCAUCUUCUCUGCUUCUCUACAUCUGUACAACUGAAAAGUUAAGGGUGACCAUUGUACAUUUGUUAAAAAUAAUAAUAAAAUAAUUAAUAAUUUAAGGUUUUUCUAUUUGGUACCAUACUUUUAUUUCCAGUCAUUUAAUACACUAGAUUCCUAGGGAGAAUGUUUUUAACCUGUUUUGUUCUUAGCAUGGAUAUCUUUAGUUGUGUUCAGAGAAAAGUUUUUUUUUCUUUUCUAUGUUUAAUAAGGUCUCUAGAGUUGAGUUUUACUGGGUUUAAACUGUCGUGUAACAGGAUUAAUUAAGAUUAAAGCGUGCUAUUUCUUGUAAGAUGUCUCAUAGAAUCCAUGUAGUUAAAUGGCUCACAAAACUAUUACAUACUAUAUUUGGCAUCUGUGAUUAGAAAGGUUUCUACCUGAAAACUGAAAUAGUUGUGGGAACAUUACACUGUUGUAUGCAUCUAUUCUAACUAAUGGGAAAGUAGACCUCUGUAUUAUAUUGCUGCUUGAUCCAUUAAGCACUGUGCAUAUUAUAUUCACCUCAUGGAAAAUGCCUGCUAUUUUAUAUAAUUUGUAAUACAAAAUGUCUCACUAAAUUAAGGGUGAAGUAUAAUGAAUGCUGAUAAAACCCACUGUAAUUUUAUCCUGUCUUGAUAUUUCUAUUAUACUGUUUGAGAUCAUUUCAUUAUGCACAUAUAUUUUAGGUAAAACCUACAUUAUAUUAUUUUCCUAAUAUAACUUUAUUUAAGACCAAAUAGGUAUUAGCCUUUCAAGACAUGUUAAUACAGGGUAUCUAUUUAUAGACAAGAUAAACAAUUGUCCCAUAUAGUUAAAAAUUACAACUUUCUCUGCACUUGAUUUUUCUCCUUUGUUUUUUCACAGCUGAAGGAUUAGAUAGAUUGAUUAUUGUGCCAUACCUUUUUAAAUGUACCUAGAGAUGUGCUAUGUAAUAAAUUUAAUAAUAUGUAUCUUG